UUUAUGUAUGUGAAUUGCACAUUUUGUUAUAUUUUUGUUUUCUUGUGCCUGAAGUCUUCAGUCCACCUCAGAGGGUGUAGGGUUGUCUGUAUAAUGAAACUACUGUGAGUCCAUCACCGAGGUGUGCGUGCUGUGCUGAUGGAAGAGGUGAUCUGCCAGUGCCUGCAGGAGGAAGCCCCGGACGACCUCUGCCAUGAUCUGAAUGCCCCCUGGCCCCAUACUCCCAGAAAAUUAAAGUCGUCUUUAGCAGCACGGAUUCAGUCCGCUCGCAAGGCAAGGGUUGGCUCAGUCUCUUACAAACACAGUUUAGCAGGAUGUACUCAUAAAUGAAAAAUGAUCUGAGUGCUGUGGGUGGGGCCCUCGAGCUCAGGAGGUGAAGCCGGGAGGAGGGGACAGAGAAUCGGCUCCCGAGUUAAGAAGCAUGGGAGGCCGGCGGGUGUCGGAGCGCACACUGGCAUGGCUUGCAUUGCUGUUGAUAGUUAGUAACCCAGGACGUUAAAGAACUGAACGGAGAAGGGAAAUGAACCGCAACAAACUUUGGAGUCUGUCUGAGGGAAGAGGCUGUGAAGCACAGAGGAGAACACGCAUCUGACCCGCUCGUGAAGCAGCUGCUCAUGAAGAUACCUAUGAGACACACCCAUGUUGACCAUGUCCCCUGCUGAGAGAACCUGAUGGGGACCAACACUCUGCUAACUCACACAAAAGUGAUUUACUUCCUUCUUUCUCUUGAGAACUGUCUCUGGCCAGACUUCUACAAUUUACGUGGUUUGGUGUUGCCACUUUGAAAAAAAAUAAGAGAGAGAGAGUGUUAAGUGGAUAUCAUGUUUUCUCAUAUUUAGAACAGUUUCUUUAUUGCUGUCUAACAAAGCUUACUGUAGACCCGCCAGCCUUCCCCCAGAACAUGUCAUUCUCUGCGAGCCAGCACAGUAUGCUGGCCUGGACAUGGAGCUGGCUUCUGUAAGAAGCUAUAGUCUGUUGCGGAAAUACAGGAAAGUUUUCACAAAAACAUUACAGUUUAAGAAGAAAAAUAAAAUAGCUGGCAUAGUUUUUCCCCCACAGGACAGUUCCGUCAUCUAUCCUCCUGUAUUUGCAAAUUAGAUGCUUUCAGUGGAGAAGAAUGGGGGUGGGGCCUAGUUUGACGGAUGGAAACAAGUGAGGAGGGGUGAAGCUAUGUUCAGCGUGGUGCCCAUGGGAGCUGGCACCUGGAAACAAGAUGGCAGCAACACACUUGACCUGUCGAUGUCAGCUGUAAGGGCGGGUCCUUUCAUCCACCUCCUGAGCCAGGCAGCACCUUUGUCUGUAUUUGGAAAGGGGGUUGGCUCUGAGUUUAGAGAUUAAGCAACCUGCUAUUCCUGUAUGCACUGGAAUUUCAGACACCCUCAGAAACCUGAUUUGCGUAACUGCUGGAACUCAACUGGAAACCAAGCCAAUGGAGGCCUGGACUCGGCAAGUGAUGGGCAGUUAGAAAUCUCAACAUGUGAGGGGAUGUGUCAAGAUUGCCCAAGAGGGUGUGGUGCUGCUGUGUGGCCCGGCUCCAUGGGCAGGCUCUGGGGUGAAGAGUCAUGUUGGGUUCCCAGAAGGCCAUGGUCAGAGGAUGAGUAAGUGCUUUCUCUGCAUGCACUUACUCUCGAACCACCUGGUAUUUCAAGGUAGCAAGAGGGACCUGUUCACUUCUGAAGCGUGCGCCCAAGCUGGCUCAUGAAAAGACAGAGCAGUCAGGCAGGCAAAGUCUUAUCAUGAGCUAAAGUGGAAGACAAGCUGUAAACUUAGCCCUUACUUAGCCCACGUAUUUAUAGAAUGCUGGGAAGGCAGAGUGUUCUCAGAGUUGGAGCACCUGCCCCCGCCCUUUGGCUAUCUGAAUAGGGCUGGAGUUUGACCUCUUGUAUCAGCUUUGUCCUGAUGGUGAAUAGGAUAGAAGAUUGAGCUAGAUGUGUUCAUAUGUGUGUAAACCUAGAGAAGAGGAACAGCUGAGCACAAAGAAGUUACGAUUCUGAGUUACAAAGAGAAAACUUGAGACCUUUUCCAUAAAAGAGGGUCAAUAACUUCUGCCCCUCUUAAGAACUUCUGUAGGCAACGCACCCUCUCACUUCCAGACCCGGUUUCUAUACAUUUCCUGCAGUGGGAUCAGAGGCUUUUGCACAAAAUCCCUCUCACGCUGGAGGUCCCUGUGGAGCUCUGUCUCUUCCUUAGAAAAGAUGAGAGCAUUCCUCCUCCAUUGACAUGCACCUGUUCGGCUUAGCAGGAGAAGCUGAUUGGGCUCCACUAGGAGACGUUUCCAUGGCUUUGCUGUCCCUGUGGGCACAUCGGCCCCGUGUGGCCUUGGUUUGUGAAAUCCAGGUGUGCGUUGUGUGCAGCCACACUAUGACUCCACAGGGCACGAUGUGAGCGUAUGGUCUUGGCUUAGAUAUAAGGUCCCUCUACAGUGAGUCAGACCAGAACAGCAAUUGACCAGGGUCUCUGGGUCUGCCUCCCUUUUUAUCAUCCGUUCCUGAAGAAGCGCCCCACCUAUGUUUCACAUGCACCAGAGGGAAUCCACACUCUGAGGGACCAAAAGCGACUCCUUUGGUCAAAGACAAGGCUCCCCCCACAGUUGUGUUGUUUGUAAUUUUGAGGUUUGGAGGCUAUCAGGUUGGCUUAGAGCAAGACACACUUGGACCAUCUUUUUUUGCCUUUCUCAUUUCCACACUAUUUUUCUCCCUACAUUAGAAAAUGGAAACCAAGUUGGAAGUUGGCAGUGAAGGGCAAGUCUGAGAAAGGGCCACCGGGGCCCUUGAGAAUCAGUUCCGUUAAAAGGCCUCUAUUUCAGUGAGACUCCUCAGGCUUCGGUGCAAAACAACAGUUACACAUUGCUUCCUUACAGAGUAGAUAGGUGGCCUUAUGUUUAUCUAGUAUAUUUCUCCAGGCCUUGCCCUUUUAAUAAAAACUGAUAUAUUUUUAUGAGCUCUCCUCCCUACCCCUCCAAAAAAAAGUGGUCCUGCAGUGAACAAUUUAGAAUUCCCACCGAAAUCAGAACAUAAAUGGAAGUGCCCUGAGUGGGGGGGUGGGGGCCAGGGCAACUCAAAUGCACCAUCCCUGCCCUUCAUUUGAAAGGCAUGAGUCUCGGGCCUCAUCAUGGUGCUCUCCAUGGGACAGAAACUUUUUAAUUUGCCUUUGCUGCUGUUUCCGCCCCGUUGGCAAAGUGUUUUUCUUUUCUCCUACUGGCUGGCUCUACCAGCAAGAGGGUCUGUCUUCCAAGGAGCCCCUGUCAACUUCACCUUGCAGCACUUUGACUUAAACUCCCAAACGGCUGCCUGUGGGGUAGAGGGUUGCCUGUUGGCAGUAAGCUGCUGGCUUUGGAAAACAUCACAGGUAUUUUAUUAUAACAGAUGCAAGACAGUGUUGGCAGGGGAGCAAUCCAGUCCUGGAAGGGAAACAGAAAAUCACCUCUGAGCACUGCAGGGAAGAAAGUGGCAGAAAUGAGGGCUGCAGUUGGGGUUUGCAAAGCUGAGUCCGUUGCACAACUCUUUUUACAGGCUAGAACUUGCUUGACUUCAGUUUCUCCCUCAAGUGAGUCAAGGAAUGUGAAAGAGAAUGGAGCGCCAGAGCUGAGCCGAGCGGUAUACCUGGAGACAUCCUGUUACCUGGCUGAGCAGUGCUGGAAUGGCGGCUUUCUCUACCUGAUCAUGCUGCGCCGCUUCAAGCACAAGGUCCACUCUCCUUACAGCAGCAACAGUGGCAACAGCUCGGAGCCAGGACAGACACCGACUUUGGAGCUGGGUGACCGAACCGUGAAAAAGGGGAAAAGAACAAGAAAGUUUGGAGUCAUUUCCAGGCCUUCUAUCCACAAGGCCACUGAAGAAUCCAAGAGCCACACUGGCUGUGAGCUGGACAAUGGCCCCAUCUCUGAGCUGGACAAUGGCCCAGACCCAGAACUUGGAAAUGGCCAUGCCUUUCAGCUAGAAAAUGGCCCAGACUCUCUCAAGGAAGUGGCUGCAUCCCAUCUAGACGGGUCUGAAGUGGACAGAGGGACAGAGCCUAGAGUUCCAAAGACAGACACUCCUCUGCCCACAAGCAAUGAUAAAUGCCACUUCUCAAAAUCAGGGAAAACGGACUUCCAAUCAAGUGACUGCCUGGCGAAGGAGGAAGUUGGCCGGAUAUGGAAGCUGGAACUGCUUAAAGAAUCGGAUGGGCUGGGAAUUCAGGUUAGUGGAGGCCGAGGAUCAAAGCGCUCACCUCACGCUAUCGUUGUCACUCAAGUGAAGGAAGGAGGUGCCGCUCACAGGGAUGGCAGACUGUCCUUAGGAGAUGAGCUGCUGGUCAUCAAUGGUCACCUACUGGUCGGGCUGUCCCACGAGGAAGCUGUGGCCAUCCUUCGCUCAGCCACUGGAAUGGUUCAGCUGGUCGUGGCCAGCAAGGAAACCUCUGCCGAGGACCUCCUGAGGUUAACGUCUAAGAGUUUGCCUGAUCUGACCAGCUCGGUGGAGGACGUAUCCUCUUGGACUGACAACGAAGACCAGGAGCCAGACGGGGAAGAGGACGAAGGAACUGGCCCGUCCUCCACCCAGGGAGCUAUCCCUGGGGCAGGUGAUUCGUGUGGCUCUGAGGAUUCCAAGGGAAACCUGGAAAGUCCCAAGCAGGGCAACAGUAAAAUGAAGCUCAAAAGUCGUCUUUCGGGGGGUGUACACCGUCUAGAGUCUGUUGAAGAAUAUAAUGAGCUGAUGGUGCGAAACGGGGACCCCCGGGCCAGGAUGUUGGAGGUGUCCCGAGAUGGCCGGAAGCACUCUCUACCCCAGCUGCUGGAGUCUUCGGGAUCACAGGAAUACCACAUUGUGAAGAAGUCCACCCGCUCCCUGAGCACCACGCAGGUGGAGUCUCCGUGGAGGCUCAUCCGGCCGUCGGUCAUCUCCAUCAUCGGGCUGUACAAAGAGAAGGGCAAGGGCCUUGGCUUUAGCAUUGCCGGAGGUCGGGACUGCAUUCGAGGACAGAUGGGGAUUUUUGUCAAGACCAUUUUCCCAAAUGGAUCAGCUGCCGAGGAUGGAAGACUUAAGGAAGGGGAUGAAAUCCUAGAUGUAAAUGGAAUACCAAUAAAGGGCUUGACGUUUCAAGAAGCCAUUCAUACCUUUAAGCAAAUCCGGAGUGGAUUGUUUGUGUUAACCGUACGCACGAAGUUACUGAGUCCAAGCCUCACGCCCUGCUCCACCCCGACACACAUGAGUAGAUCCAGCUCCCCAAGCUUCAACGCCAGCGGGGGAACCUCGGCGGUGGGCUCGGAUGAAAGCAACUCCUCAUCCCUGGGUCGGAAGGCCCAUGGGCCCAAGGACAGAAUUGUCAUGGAAGUAACGCUCAACAAAGAGCCCAGAGUUGGAUUGGGCAUUGGCGCCUGCUGCCUGGCCCUGGAGAACAGCCCUCCGGGCAUCUACAUUCACAGCCUUGCCCCGGGAUCCGUGGCCAAGAUGGAGAGCAAUCUCAGCCGCGGAGAUCAGAUCCUGGAAGUGAACUCGGUCAACGUCCGCCACGCUGCUUUAAGCAAAGUCCACGCCAUCUUGAGCAAAUGCCCUCCAGGACCCGUGCGCCUUGUCAUCGGCCGGCACCCUAAUCCAAAGGUUUCCGAGCAGGAAAUGGAUGAAGUGAUAGCACGCAGCACUUACCAGGACAGCAAAGAGGCCAGUUCCUCUCCUGGCUUAGGUACCCCCUUGAAGAGUCCCUCUCUCGCAAAAAAGGACUCCCUGCUCUCUGAAGCCGACCUCUCCCAGUACUUUGCCCCGGACGUCGCAGGCCCCUUGGCAGACUUCGUGGUGGCGGGCUCGGAGGACGAGGAGCACGUGGGGAGCGGCUGCAGCCCCUCCACUCCCAAGGAACCAGGAAAAGCCAGGGCCAACAGCCUUGUGUGUCUAGGAAGCCAGCGGGGCUCUGGGCUCUUCCACAAGCAGGUGACAGUCGCCAGACAAGCCAGUCUGCCCGGGAGCCCGCAGGUCCUCCGCAACCCUCUCCGCCGCCAGAAGAAGGUGGGCUGCUACGCGGACGACGCCAGCGAUGAGGAGGAGUUCGAGGGCGAAGGGGACUGCAUCUCCCUCCCAGGGAGCCUCCCAGGUGCCGGCAGGCCUCUGACAGAGGACGACUCUAGGCAUGGCUUGACCUCUCCCAAGGUCAUGGGUGUCAACAACCGAGAGGACCAUCCCCAGAAAACACUGGUCAGCAAGGCCUCCUCGGUGCCUCUCCUUGGCAGCUCCCUGAGCUUGGAGAGUGUCCCAGGGGACUUGGGGGACACUCCUCCCCAUGCAGCCAACCCGCUGUCUUCUGCAGAGGCCCCCAAGGGUGGCUCUGGCUGCCUGAGGAGGAAGGAACUGCCGGGGUCCAGGAGUUCACCCAAAUUGGAAUACAAAGCUGAUACCCAGAGUCUGGUGAGUGCGGACAGCGCCAGUGCCCCCCAGCAGAGGAGUGAAAGCCUGGGGUGCAGGCACAGGCCAGUGGCCAGGGUCAGCCCACACUGCAAGGGGCCAGAGGCCUCGGCCAGGCCCACUGCGUCCGAGACAGUAAACCUGACCGCCGGAGGUAAUGAUCCCCAGGAUCUGGAAUCUAAGGCCCAGGCCGCUUCCAUCCACGAGACCAUGUCUGGCUUCCUACCAGGUGGAGCUGUGGAAAAGGACUCUCCGGGGAAGCUGACCAUUGGGCAUGGGCCCCACCCAGGAGCUGGCCGCCUCCCAGAGAGCCUGCCCGAAGCUGGACCAGACCAGGGGCAAUACCCUGGGACGGGACUGGAUGGCUCCCCAGACCUUGUCCCUUCCCCAGGGCAAAAAGGGGCUGCUCACCCGGACCCCAGCAAGACCUCCAUGGAUGCAGGACAUGGGAGGCGGCCUGAGGACCCCAGAGAGCCAGUGCCGCCCAGGGCCCCCAAGUCUGAGGACAGACGUCAAGGCAGCCCUGCCCGGGUCCACAGCACCUCCCCAGGGAAGACAGCAGGGUCUCAUCCCCUGGACACCGGCGGGCCCGACACCACCAGCAAGGCAGCUGCCCCUGGGGGAGCAGGGCCUGGGGCAGAAGGAGCGGCUGCAGCCAGCACUGUCCUGUCACCAGCCCUCCUCACAGGCCAGGACACACGAGGAGUUGCAGGCGACCACAGCCAAACUCUGGCAGGGACCCUCGUGCCUGCACCCUCCUGGAAGUCUGCUGGGCUUGAGGGAACGGACUCCGAGCCUGGGAGGGCACCGCAGGCCAGCCACUCCUGGACGUCACCCACUGACCGGGCCAGAGGGGGGUGUGGUGGUGCCUCGGAGCACCACUGCCCUGUGACCAAUGUGGACAGAUGCCUCGAGGAGCAGGAUGCCUCGGAAGGAAGACUUCCGUCUCCGGACAGAGGGCACCGAGCGAGGCCGGAGGGCAGUGCUCAGGGUCAGCUGCCCACAGGAGCUGCAGGAGGAUGCGCCCGCCGAGCUGAGCCAGCCACCGGGAACCAGGCCCCCACCCCCAAGAGGGCCUGGGCGGCGUGCCAACCCCCUCACCCCCCCUGGACCUCCCAGCCUUCUGUUUUGGAUUCAGUUAAUCCUGACAAACAUUUUACUGUGAACAAAAACUUUCUGAGCAACUAUUCUAGAAAUCUCAGCAGUUUUCACGAGGACGGCGCAUCCCUGUCAGGAACUGCUGACAGCAUGGAGUUGUCUCUCUCCUCCAUGUACGGGGACGCCGAGGACUCAUCCUCUGACCCCGAGUCGCUCCCUGAUGCCCUGCGAGCUUGCACCAGGGACACCCGGUCACCUACUCGUUCUCGUGGGUCUUCUCACAGGGAAGACACUACGGAAUCGGAGGAGGAGCAAAUUGAAAUCUAUUCCACAGGGGGUUUCCCCACCCCAACCUCGAUGGCGGGGCCCAUGCCUGCCCAGGAGGCGCCCUGCCCUGUGCCAGCCGGAGGCCUGCCCCUGCGGCACAGUGCUCUGGGUGAGGCCGUGGGAAGUCCACGUGAGAGAGCCUACUUCAUGCCGGGAGCCUCGUGCCCUCCAACCCCGAGCUCUGCCCAGCCGUCUCCCCUCAGGGGCAGAAGUGCUCAGGGGCAUGAACCUCCCGUGGACCCACAGAUUCCACAGCACCAGGGGGCCCCCAGCACUGGCUCAGCUGUGGAAAACCACAAGCCCUCCGCAGCCGCCAGGCAUCUUCACAGCGCCCCGGUUGCCCUCAGCUCUCCCAACAUGGUGAAUGGUUUGGGACACGAUUUGGAUGGUGAAACCACAGAUGAAAAACAAGAAACAAGUGUGAAUGCAACUGAAAGUGCAGGUGCCCCUGAGAACGGGGAAUGUGCCCUGGCAAACCUGCACAGCUCCAAAAGCCAAGACCUGGAGGACCCGCUACAGAAACCAAAACUGGUCUCCAGGAGGCCCAUCAUGGCCUGGUUUAAAGAGAUCAAUAAAAGCAACCAAGGUGGUCAUUUGCAGAGCAGGACUGACAAGGGGCAACCCGCCAUGCCAGCCACCAGUCCUGACUCCAAAAGUCAGGUGCUGAGCACAAGCCACAGAAAGGGGGUUGCUGUGCCGAAUAGUCCUCCUCCGCUGAAACUGAAUCUUGAAAAUAAAGAACCACCUAAAAAAAGUUCUGUGGAGACCCUUGUAAGUAACGGUCAGAAACCCAAGUCCGGUGCUAAGCUGAAGAGGCUGAGCAGCAAGAGCAAAAGCAAAGGCAGCGCCGAGGGCCCUGCAGCUAACAUGCCUAAGGCCGGAGGGACGGACCCCAGGAGGUCCCUGGUCUCACCCCAGGCCUCCCACAAAAUGCUCUCCAAGGUCACAUCACACCGGUCCCACGGAGCUGACCACGAGGAACCUGGCAAAAAUGCCGCAGCCACUGCCAGGUCUCCCCAGUGUGCGCCGGAGAGCAAGCCACCCCCUGCAGCCUCGGGGUCACUGAGGCUGUCAGCCUCCGACACGAGCAUCAGACCACUCGCUUCGCCCCUCACCUCCCCCAGGGCUCUUCCUGAGCAAGGUGCGGGCAACAGGUUCCACGCGUCUGUGCACUCCAGACCCGACAGAGGCAGCCCGGCCGCCCCCAGACCUAAGUGUGGACCAGAGAGCAAGGCGGCCUCGGGGACAGGUCCCGCCACCUCGAGGAGCAGCACGCCCACAGCAGUGGACCGGCGGGAACCCCCACCUCCCCAGCAGGGCCAGCAGCUCACGUAUUCAGUACCCGAAGCAGCCCAACCUGGGGUGACUGGUGGUGACAAAGGAAGCAACACAAUUGCUAAUGAUCCCCCAGAAAGAACCAACCAGCUGAAAAUAGUUGAAAUUUCUUCUGAAAGAAUGCCAAAGAAUGCAUGUGGUGACACGCCAGCGGAAAGGGGUAGACAGGGAGGGUUCGUGACCCCGAGCAACGGUCAGAAGAGUGAACUUAGACUCUGCCACCAGCCAGUGGAAUCGUCCCCAAACCACGGACCUGCACUGGCAUCCCGCGCCGCCCCGGUGGAGCCGGAAAUGCAGCGCUCCUUCAGCGUGGCGAAGCUGGCCGCCUCCUCCCCGGGGAAGUCGAGCCAGGUGCCAGCCUGCCCGGAGAUGCCCAAGAACAGCACAGCAGCGGCCCCUAUGGAUGAGCAUCCCUAUUUCACGCCAAGGCCGGCAACCAGGACCUACUCCAUGCCAGCCCAGUUCUCGAGCCAUUUUGGACGGGAAGGGCCUUCCCUGCACAGCCCAGGGCGCUCCCACCGGGACAGCCAGAUCCCCGGGACAAGCGGCCCGGAGGCCAAGGGGUGCAGAGGCGGAGGUCUCGGCCUGGCUAACGGACCGGGCGUCUACAGUGUGAAGCCCCUGCUGGAGACGUCGCGGGCCCUCCCAACCACCGACGAAGGGGACGUCCUUUCAGUGCAGGACACGAGCUGCCUCAUCACCGACAAAAUCCGAGUCACCAGAAGACACUACUACUUGGAGCAGCACUGGCCCCACGAAUCUACCUCAUUCUUCUCGGUGAAGCAGAGGAUCAAGUCCUUUGAGAACCUGGCCAACUCGGACCGGUCCCUGGCCAAGUCUGGGGCUUCCGCUUUUUUGUCUGUGAGCUCCAAGCCUCCCAUUGGGAGACGGUCCUCUGGCAGUGUAGUUUCAGGAAGCCUCAGCCAUCCCAGUGACCUGGCAGCGAGGUCACUGCGACGCAGCCUGAGUUCCUGCAGCGAAAGCCAGGGCGAAGCCAGCACCCUCAUCCCCCAGAUGACCAAGUCCCCGUCCAGCAUGACACUGACCGUCCCCCGGCAUCACCCGGUGGAGGCCAGGAACAAGGGCCCUGAUUCCGACACGAAGCAAUCGCUUGGUCCUUCCGGAAUCCCCACCCCAAUGGUAACCCCGGCCUCUCCCAUCAAGAAGAACAAGUCCUCAGUGCGCCACACCCAGCCCUCGCCGGUAUCCCGCUCCAAGCUCCAGGAGCUGAGGGCCUUGAGUAUGCCCGACCUUGACAAGCUCUGCAGUGAGGACUUCCCUGCAGGGCCCACAGCUGUGCUCUUCAAAACAGAGCUGGAGAUCGUGCCCAGGAGGUCUCCUGGCUCCCCUGCCGGAGGCCUCAAUGGGGCCACUGCCCUUUUGUGUCCUGUGCAGGGGGCAGACAGGGCCUGUCCAGGUGGAAGCAGGCCUAAAGCCAGUGAGCCUGGGGCACCCAGUUCAGCCAAUAUGAGUGAAACCACCCGGGAGCUGCCCUCUGGAAAAAGCUGGUCAGUUAAUUUGGAUCAACUUCUAGUCUCAGCGGGGGACCAGCAAAGAUUACAGUCUGUUUUGUCAUUGGCGAGGUCGAAAUCUACCAUCCUGACUCUCAUGCAGGAAGCGAAAGCACAAUCAGAGAAUAAAGAAGAUGUCUGCUUUAUAGUCUUGACCAAAAAAGAAGGCUCGGGUCUGGGAUUCAGUGUGGCAGGAGGGACGGAUGAGGAGCCAAAUGCAAUUGUGGUCCACAGGGUAUUUUCUCAGGGGGCAGCUUCUCAAGAAGGGACUAUGAACCGAGGGGAUUUCCUCCUGUCAGUCAAUGGUGCCUCACUGGCUGGCUUGGCCCAUGGGGAUGUCCUGAAGGUUCUGCACCAGGCACAGCUGCACAAAGAUGUCCUCGUGGUCAUCAAGAAAGGAAAUGACCAGCCCAGGCCCUCCACCCGGCAGGAGCCACACACAGCCAACGGGAAGGGCUCACUGUCCAGAGAGACCAUCUCCUUGGAGCCUGGAAUGGGAAUGGGGAGAAGAGGAGCUGCACAGGACGCUCUGUGUGUUGAAGUACUGAAGACCUCGGCUGGGCUGGGAUUGAGCCUGGAUGGAGGAAAAUCAUCCAUGUCUGGGGAUGGGCCCCUGUUCAUCAAGAGAGUGUACAAAGGUGGUGCAGCUGAACAGGCUGGAACAAUAGAAGCUGGGGAUGAAAUCCUUGCCAUUAAUGGGAAACCCCUGGUUGGGCUCAUGCACUUCGAUGCCUGGAAUAUUAUGAAGUCUGUCCCGGAGGGACCUGUGCAGUUAGUAAUUAGAAAGCAUAGGAAUUCUUCCUGCAAUAAGCAUGAGUAGUGACACUCACAUUUUUUAUAAGAAUCUGCUUUUCUCUGUUUCCUUCGUAUUUCAGCAAGUCAGAAGGACGUCUCGAAACAGCAGAGAAACACUGGUGUAGGCAAGGACUAUAAAAAUCUCCACAUUUUUACUAACAGAUGAUGCUCGACUCUGGAAGCCUUCCCUGGAUCACCUAGGCCAGGAGGGUUCGUUCUGUUCCGGUAUCUGUCCCUGACCUUUCGCUGUUACUAAUGGGGAUAUAAGACAUGGCAGGGUGCCUUCUUUCAUUUCAAACAUCCUUCGCUUCUCUUGGCCACCUCUCCCAACAUCCCAAUCGGGACAACUGGGGAGUCUACACAGGCUGAGGGACAACACAAAUGUCAUGACUAAAUGGACUCUAGUUUUUUAUAAUUUUGUAAGCAAAUACCAAUGCUUUAAGCACAUUCAAUGGACAGAACUGUAGGUCUGUAUGUUACCCUGAAAAGAAAAUGAGACUUUAAAAUAUAAUAAUCAAUUUAUGACCUAAUGGUUAGGCUGAGCUCAGGAAUUAUCCAAAAAUGAAAAAACAAAAUACAGAAAGUGGUAUAUUUUAGUGAGUGUAAAGUGCAAUAUAUGGCUGCAGAGUUCAACUCAGUGAGUUACUGAUCACAGUGAAGUGUUGGUUAUGGUCUAAAAGUGUCGAUCGGAAGGCUGUUUUGCAGAAAUGCAGUUCUGAUAAACUGUACUAAAUAGCCAUGAACUUGCUGCUUACAAUGAGCAGAAAGUUCCAGCUUGGAAAGCACCUUGUAUCUAGUUUGGAACUUAUCUUGAGUAAGUGCUUGAAUUCAAGACUGGUCAACACAAAAGCAGGCAAAAAUAUCAGUCACUGGGUUUCCAUUUCUAUAUUUUAUGUACUCUUAACAGUAAUUUAAAUUUUUAGAAAUCAAAUAUCUUUUUAGUAUCCUUGGAUUUAUAAACAUAGGCAUUAUAUUUACCAUCCAAAUAGAGAGGAUCGUUAAGCGCCCAGCCUGUAUUGUCUUCUGGACGAAAAGUAUAGUGUGACUGACUGGGCGCUUAACGUGUUAAAAUGAUCCACUUAGGGAACUGUUUGUUGUUUUUCCCUCCCUUUCCCAACAAGCUUAUAAAAUGUAUCGUUUCUAAGCAUUGGAUCACUUUUCCUGACCUGGGUAUUAUGACAUAUCUCUGCAGUGACUGAAGUUUUUGCUUCUGUUUUGCAAAUUAUUCCUUUUGUCAAAACUGUUUCCCUGCAGACCACUGUAACUCACGCUGCUAGUGAAACUUGUCCCAGCUGCUCUCCUUUCGAAGCAUGAACUUUGUAGGUGCUGUUCCUUGCUACAAAAUUGGCUUUUCUCCCCUCAUACUUCAAACCGUCAUCAGCUUCCUUUACCAAAAUGGAGGAAAAUGGAGGAAAGUGAGUCACUUUCAAGGUAAAGGAGCAGUACUACUAUGUAGUUACAACCCAGAUCCUUGGGGGGGGGCACACACUAGCUGACUGAGUCCAGGGAAUACAGGUGAGACUGUACCUGUGCGCAUGACGACGCUAAGGUUUUAUGUUGGAGCUUCUUUCAAAAACUAUAGCUUGAGUCUAUGGCUUAGAGAGAACAACACAAGUCAUCAUACCCCCGGAUCAUGGAAGCACUUGAGCUGUCACUUUGUGCAUCAUUUUUCUGGGUGAUUAAUCCCAGUAAACCUCUAUGGAGUUGCCCAGAGAGGUCUCUCAGAUGGGAGUGAAAUAUCUGAUUGGUGUGAGCCCCGAUUUCUCAUCAGGAAUGAGCUAGAAAGAUCUAAUUAAUUUAGCUUCUACUUUCACUACAAUUCCAGGUAAGAUACUAUAGAAAGUCAGUACAAGGUGCAUGCUAGAUUGUUUUUAAGUCUCUGGAGUCAGUUUUGUGGUUUCUGUUUUCUUGACAUGCAACUAUUUGAAAUCAACACUGAAAACUAUUUUUUGCCUCUACUCUUCCAGCUGUGCCUCCUAAGAAACAGUCCUUUGUGAACAGACAGGAAUUUCUAGAGCAAUGGGCUGGUCUCCUCCUGGGAGUCCCUGAUCCUCACUCAAAUCUGAGGAGUGCAAGGGUAGACCUCUGGCUCAUUAAAAUACGUUAAAGUCAUCAGCCAUUUCUAGUAGAUCUUGCCAGAAUGGUUCCCUGGCUAACGGUUGGAACAUAAGGGAGGAAGCAAAACUGUUUUUGACCCUAAGAUAGAGAGCUAUUUAUUUAUCUUCAGUGUUCGGGCAUGAUUAGUAUUUCUAAUUAGUCUAAUAAAUUCCCAUACUUCCUGAAGUGAACACUAAUGGUAUUAUCCUACUAAAACUUUCAUUGUUUUUUUUAACUGGUCAUUCACAAUAAGCUAUGAGGCUAAAUAUGUGUUAUAACAUGUAAAUUGUAGUUGCAAGCAUAGACCGUGAAGGUUGAGUUUCACUUAUGUUCUACCAGACACAUCUCAUUUGAUUUUAUGGUUGACUUAAUUGGCACCACACCUGUUGUAUGAUAUACAUAAUCCUUUAUUUAUGUAAAAUAAAAUGCCUUAUAUUAUUAAAGAGUUAAGUGCAAUAAUAUGAAAUAGCCUGUACAUUUUUAAAUGUCGCCAAGUUAUGUAAACCCACAUCUCUGUAAACAACUUUUUUUAAGUGAUUUUAAAAAAAUAAACACUCUGCUUAUUA